AAGAGAACGAUGAAGAACCGCUCCACUUCUCCCCCCUUACAUGUUCAUGUGGAUGAGAACACCCCCGUCCACGUCCACAUAAAAAAGAGUCCGAAACCACCACCGGCCAGGAGCCAGAAAGCGCACAAACGUGGCAUGAAAGGAGACACCGUGAAUGUAAGGAGAAGUGUCCGAGUGAAAACCAAGGUCCCUUGGGUGCCCCCCGGAAAAGGAUCCUGCCGCGAUGCCAGCUACAAGUGGGAGGGCCCGACUCAUCGCCUGGAGAUAACCCCGCCUUCUUCAGAGAAGCUGUGUUCGGUUAUGAGACUGAGCGACCUCUCCACGGACGAGGACGAAUCUAACGGGCAGAGCAAAAUGAACCGCUACGAGAAGAAGAUUGACUGUCUGAUGAACGCCGUAGGCUCUCUGAAAUCUGAGGUGAAAAUGCAGAAGCGGCAAGACCAGCACUGCUUAGCCAAACGGCUGCUGGAGGAGCGGAAGGAGGAGCUGCAGGACGUGGCCCACGAGCUGGCCGAGACCGAGCACGAGAACAAACUGCUACGACGCAACAUUGAGCGCAUGAAGGAGGAAAAGGACUACACUGUGCUGCAGAAGAAGCACCUGCAGCAGGAGAAGGACUGUCUGAUGUCCAAGCUGGUAGAAGCAGAGAUGGACGGGGUGGCGGCGGCCAAGCAAGUGGUCGCCCUGAAGGAUGCGAUUGGCAAGCUGAAAUCCGAGAAGAACAUGACGAGCUCCGACAUCAACACGCUGACCCGGCAGAAGGAGCUUCUGCUGCAGAAGCUGAGCACCUUCGAGGAGACCAACCGGACGCUCCGGGACCUGCUCAAGGAGCAACACGGCAAGGAGAGAGACUCGGAAAAGCUGAUGGAGCAACAAGGAGAACUGCUGAAAAGGCUGAAGGACGCAGACAUGGAGAAAUUGCUCCUGACAAAGCUGCUGAAGGAGAAGGAGAAGGAAGUGGACAGUCUGCUACAGGAAGUGGAGAGCGAGAAGGCUCAAGCAAAGACGGCAGCCGAGCUCUCCAAGUCGAUGGAAAGCAUGAGGGGUCACUUGCAGGUCCAGCUGCGUUGUAAGGAGGCCGAGAAUAAUCGCCUCGCGGUCCAGGUCAAGAAUCUAGAGCGCAGCGGGGCUCAGCACAAGGCCGAAGUAGAAGCCAUCAUGGAGCAACUGAAAGACCUGAAGCAGAAAGGAGAGCGGGACAAGGAGGCCCUGAAAAAAGCCAUCCGGGUACAGAAAGAGCGGGCAGAGCGGAGCGAGGAGUACGCCGAGCAGCUGCACGUCCAGCUCACGGAUAAGGACGUGUACGUUGCGGAGGCCCUGUCCACUCUGGAGAUGUGGAGAAGCCGCUACAAUCAGGUGGUGAAGGACAAGGGAGACCUGGAGCUGGAGAUCAUCGUGCUCAAUGACCGGGUGUCCGACCUGGUGUCGCAGCAGAACAGCUUGGAGGAGAAGAUGCGCGAAGACCGGGAGACCCUGGUGGAGAGGCUGCACCGGCAGACGGCCGAGUACGCCGCCUUCAAGAUCGAGAACGAGAGGCUCAAGGCUAACAUCUUGCCAGUGGAGGACAGGCUGAACCAGGCCCAGAUGGAGGUCCAGCAGCUGAAGACGUCGGUCAGGAACUACGAAGGGAUGAUCGACAGCUACAAGAACCAGGUGGUGAAGACCCGCCUGGAAGCUGACGAGGUGGCCGCCCAGCUGGAACGUUGCGACAAAGAGAACAAGACUCUCAAAGAUGAAAUGAACAAAGAGAUUGAAACGGCUCGGAAUGAGUUCCAGGACCAGCUGCUGGAGCUUCAGGGGCUGCCCGAGAUCCUGAAGAUCACAGAAACCAAGCUGGCCGAGUGCCAGGACCAACUGCAGAGCUACGAGAAGAAGAACGUGGACCUGUCCGCCAUCAUCAAUGACCUGCGCAGCCGGAUGGACCUUCAGGGGAACAAGCUGGAGGUGGCAAGAGAGCGACACCAGAGUUCUCAAGAGGAGAAUAAACAGCUGAGCCUGAAAGUGGAAGAGCUGGAAAGGAAACUGGAUGCCACGAAUGCCCAGAACAUUGAGUUCCUCCAAGUGAUCGCCAAGAGGGAGGAGUCCAUCCACCAGUCCCAGCUGCGGCUGGAAGAGAAAACCCGCGAAUGUAGCUCUCUGGCCCGGCAGCUCGAGGCUGCCAUUGAGGAUGCCAGGAGGCAGGUGGAGCAGACGAGGGAACGGGCGGUAUCCCGGGAGCGGACUUCCCAGACCAAAAUCCUGGAUCUGGAAACCCACCUGAGCCGGACCAAAACGGAACUGAACCAACUGCGUCGGAGCCGGGAUGAUGCGGAUCGCCGACACCAGAGCCGCCUCCAGGACCUGAAGGAUCGUCUGGAGCAGUCGGAGAGCACCAACCGGAGCAUGCAGAACUACGUUCAGUUCCUCAAGUCGUCCUACGCCAAUGUGUUUGGGGACAGCGCCUUGACCAGCUCUCCCAUCCGCUCCCGAUCUCCUCCUGCGUGAGGCCUGCCCGCUGCUUGACCGGGAGCCCCGGCCAUCUGCUGCUGGGAAACCUACGGAGGGGGACAAGCCAUACAUUCGGAAAACUAGUCGGUUUUCCCCUUUCUCUCUCCUGGUGGAGAGUUGGAUUCACGGGCCCCGCUUGACUUGCUCUGGAGAAAUCUCUGUUGCAUCUUCUUGAGGAAGAAGAGUGGGCGGGGACCCCCCUUUCCUCCCGCCUCCAUUUCCCCCGGUGACUCGGUCACCUCGGCGGGGGUUUUAAACUAACUCGACCCAUUUUCGAUUUUUCCCAAGGCCGCCGUCCCAGCUUCCGACGCUUUCUCUUGUCGGUCCCUUCCCUUGAAGGUGAGAUUGUUUGCUCCGAAUUAGGGUGUGUACGGCAGGGCAUCCCAUCGGCAGACUGAUGUCCUGACGGCCGACGGAUGAUCCCUUUGAGCUGUCUCGGCAUCCCAGCUCUCUGCUCAUUGUUAGCUGCUGCUGGAGUUUCAGAUUUCCAUGGAGAGGGUGGGGAAGGGAGUGGAAGUUAAGGUGUUUGCAUUCCCAUUUUACUUCCCCAUCUUUUCCUCAAGGUGCGAGCUUCUGUGCAUUUUUUUUUUUUAAUGUUACUAUCCCACCCGUGCUGAAUGAUUCUGGGAAAGCCUGAGCGGCAGGGCUGGCAUUCCUUGCACGGCUCAUCGAUGGGAUGGGGAUGAGGAAUUAAGGAAGAUUUCCUGCUCUGGCCCCACCCCCAAAGCACUUCGAGGGCAGAGUCCAUGUCUUUAGCUCCAUUAACGACGGCUCAGCCCUCAUCUGCUCCUUUGUCUAUCCGUCGUCCUGUUUUAUGUCUAGAACGCGCUUGUCGUCCUAAUGUUUGUGGAAUUUUACAAAUUGCUUUUAUAAUCAGUAUUUCAAAGUCCUGUUGUGAGAUUAUUUUUUUUCAAAAGAAUAAUUGUCAAAAGGUGCUAGGGGUAAACUAUUAAACAUCUAAAGACAUC